CUUCAUUGUAUCACCACGCCCUAAGAUAGAUACCCCGGGCUAAUUUUCCACGUAGUCCAGUGUUACGCUGCCUAUUAUAUCUGACCAUCCAUCAUCCUAAAGACGGGUAUCAUGGGCUAUGAUGAUUGUAUAGAAUUCUCCUCAAGCAUCGAUAACAUAAGCGUCUUGUUUCCAUGCGGGUACUGCGCUCAGCAACGCCUCCAUUGCGAGGUGGCUCACGGGGGUACCUUUCUUGGUGCCUGUACGUCAUGUAUAGCCCAGGGAAGGGUUUGUGAUUUUACGACCGACACCAGCGUGACUGAGGCUCAACAAGAAUCCUUUUUGGAAUCUCCAGUCUCGGCUGACGAUGAUACGAACCCGUUGAAGCAGCCGUUGAUCAAUUCUCACGAUGGCUCAGAAUCUAGCACCGAACUUCAUGAAUCACUGGGAGAGAACUCAGCUAAACACGUCGGAAACAAUCCCAAGGUCGGCGCCAGAUUUUCGCGAGAGGCACUUCGAGUUCUCAGGAAUUGGCUGCUCUCUAACCAUCGUCACCCCUACCCAAACAAUGAAGAGAAGGAGAACCUGGUCCGUCAAACGGGCUUAAGCAAAACACAAAUUAGCAAUUGGGUGGCAAACGCCCGACGAAGAGGCAAAGUUCGAACUCCAAGCUCUGGCUCAUCAAGUCCAUAUCGGGACCCCAAUGGCAUUAAUAUUCCACGAAGCGUCACUCCCGCUAUGAGAGAGAUGAGCCCUAUGGAACGAUGGCAGCAUUCUCCACCUGACCAAGAACCUGCUUCCAUAACUGACAUUGCCACCGCAGCCUUAUCUUCAGAGUUCACGGGCGGAAUCGGCCGCUCGCUUACUGGUUACAACGAUGUCGAGGACCCGUUUGCGGGCUCUGCCGAUCAGCUCUCAUCUGCCAGCAGUUCGAAAACAUCAAACUCUAGCAAGGGCUCUUUUGCUUCAGCUUACUCCCACGUAUCUCGUGGAUCUUUCGAGUCUUUAACCUCGCUGAGAAGUCGAGGACGACGUCGUCGACGUCGCCAGAUCCCCAAAGCCGUUGAUAUCUCGACCAUACUGCCGUCUAUCUACACGUACCAGUGCACAUUCUGCACUGAAACUUUCAAGACGAAACAUGACUGGCAAAGACAUGAAAAAUCGCUACAUCUGUCUCUCGAACGAUGGGUCUGUACACCGUAUGGGCCGAUACAGUUCUUCAGCGAAAGGAAUUGCUUGGCAUGCGUAUACUGUGGAUCUAAGAAUCCGUCGCUAGAACAUACCGAACAACAUAAUGAUUUUGUUUGCACUGAAAGAUCGCUAGAUGGAAAGACUUUCUAUAGGAAAGAUCAUCUUCGCCAGCAUUUGAAUAUCGUUCACGGUGUCAAAUUUCAGAAGUGGCCUAUGAAUGGCUGGAAAGCAUCUACACCAAAAAUUCGAUCCAGAUGCGGGUUCUGCGGUAUUUUGAUGGACACUUGGGAUUCGCGUGUGGAACAUCUGGCACAACAUUUCAAGAGUGGUAAAUCAAUGGCACACUGGAAAGGAGAUUGGGGAUUUGCCGAAGACGUACUGAAGGUUGUUGAAAAUGGAAUGCCACCAUAUCUCAUUCACCACGAACGUAAUACCCUUAAUCCGUACGAAGCCUCCAAAGAUGAGAUCCGUUCCAACAAGACGCUAGAAGACUAUGUCAAGUUAUGGCUGGUUGACUACAUUAGAGAUUUAGGAUCGGCCGGGGUGACACCUACGGACGAUCAACUUCUUAUUGAAGCACAGAGAAUUGUACGAAAAGCCGACACGGAGGACACGUCGCUCACAGGUCCUGAUAUCUCAUGGUUCCGCGAUCUAAUCAUGCUUUGCAAGCCGUCGUACGACACUACUCAAAGUUUAAUCAACGAGGGAAGCCGAAAACCAGUCAAUAAUCUUUCUUGGAUAACGCAAAUCGAGAAGAUAAAAGCAUUUAAAUCUGCUAAUUCUAGCUUGAGCAUUAUCGGAUGCGAAAAGGAGAAGAUAUUGAACGACUAUGUGAAAUGCAAACAAGCAUUAGGCCAGACUCCUACAGAUGCUGAACUGCAGAUCCAGGCCUGCAAGGCUAUAGACGACGUCGAGCCCAAGUCGAAUUUUAAGAGUGGAGAGGCUGUUCAAUGGUUCAAGUUCUUGAUUAACUCCUCAACAAAUUGGCUCUCAGAAUUUAAACGUCGAGCGGGCUUACCGCCAAAUAUGGGGAAAGAUGGUGGAAUUCAACUAAUAGCCAAUAGCGGCAUCACAGCAUACAAUCCAUUCGAGAUACAGGAAAAUUCAAUACACGAGAACCCACUGCAACAGUUUACCGAAGGGGUACUAGAACAGCAUAUGCAACGCGACCCGCACAUCGAUAUAUACAAUGCUGGUGAUUCUGCCAGCCAGGCUGGAUCGACUAAGCCAGAUUACUUGAAUACCUUCCAGGGCCGCACCAGCUUGGAAAUGGAUGCUUCACUGCCGGCACUAGAAAUCAGAGAACAAACAUUACCUAAUCAAAACAGCGAUCCUGGAGCCAAAAUAAUGAUUUCUCCCCAGACGUCACACUGGGGUUUCUCGGACGAAGCCAUUGAUGGUACCUUGCCAAUAAAGGCAAACGAUAACAUACCGGCUUCUUCGGUACAAAUAUCCCAACAUAAUAAUUCUGAAAAUGAGCCACCGCGAUAUUUUCUAAGCGAUGUCAAUUGUUAUGGGAGACUAGAAAAAGAACUCACUCGAUUCGUAGCGAGUUGCUUAAGCCCAAACAACCCUCUUCAACAUAUUCCCUCUGAUGAAGAGAUCCAACACCAAGCUCGCUGGAUUAUCUAUGACGAUGACGAUCCGUGGAAUCAGACUGCUGCUGAUAAUGCCGAGUGGCUUGCUCGUUUCAAACACGACGCUGGUCUAAUCCCCUCUGGAGAAUUUGGCCUAUCACCAGUUUCCCCUCCUCGGCCAUGGACAGUGAAAGACGGCGGAACAGGGUUCCAACCACCGUUCGUGAAACCAAGAGCGGGCAAACACAUAGAAUUCUCAGAAGAUACAUUCGUAUACAUUGACAACCGACCCUACAACGUCAGCAAAGAUACAGCGGAGCGCUAUGUACAUGCUCUCUGUGAAGGACAAUUCCGAUUCCCUGCCUCAGUGUUCUGCUCGCGGGAGCUUGAGGACGGAUUGAAUGCCUACAUCGAGGAGUGCAUUAUGAGUUUAACCAUCCCCACGGAUGAUGAUUUACGUACUAAGGCGCGCGAAAUCCUUGGCGUAGAUCGCACCGCAGCCGACGAUCCCAAGUUGCUUCAGACCUUCAAGUCGAUGCAUACGCUUUGGCGAACGCAAGCUAACGGCGAAAGGAACUUGUUGCCACCAGAAGUAUAUCCCGAUAAUGUCGCUGCUGGAUUCAUGAACGGCGUGGAUGUGCUGAUACCCCAUACUCAACAGAUGAGUACCAUUGACCCCGUUGCUGAAGUUUCAUAUACGCUAGGUCCCUAGUUUAAUUAGGUGCUUAAGAUAUCUUUGACAUUCGGAUUGCCGGAAAUGGCAUAUCUUGUUAUUUGAGUUUCAAUAGUCUUAUUAUUACCCUUGCUUGCAGCGUUGAAGGCAAGAUCUGUCAAUUUUGACUUUAAUUCGUCUCAAUCCUUAGUGUCUUGUUAUGGAAAAUAAUAAAUAAAUCUAC